AAAAUCUCUAAAAAAACAAAAACAAAAAAAUAAAGAGACGCAGUUUGUGCGUGCGGGCGUGCUUUGGGCAAAAAAGAGAUGGGGACGAGAGAGGUUUACGAAGAGAAGCUAAGGAACGGUAAUCUCUUCCACGAUCCAACCAUCAACCCUGGCCUCGGCUCCCCACGCUGCCCUCGCUGUCUCUCCCUCUUAAUCCCUAAUUCGGAAAGGGGUGAAUGGACCAUCACUCCCGUUCUCCACGAUGCCACUGCUGUGGCUGGGACUGGUUUUGGUGCAAUGCUUAGUGCAGUUCACGGUUUCAAUGCAGGGAUCCCGUAUCUUCAAAAUCUCGUGAAGGGACCAAAGUGGCUUCCUUUUGUAGUUGGGCUUCCCCCACUGCUACUCUUUUCAGGUGCCAGUGCUGCAUUUGGAGGUUAUACACUUCCAAAGUUUGCUCAACUUACAGUGACAUCGUAUUAUGCAGCCUCGAGUGCCUCCCAUUAUGGAAUUUCACUUCUCACCCGACAUAUUGAAGAGUCCCACACUACCCGGACUCAGCAAGAAAGGGUUGGAUGAUUUCUUGCAGGUGCACAUAUUAUGAGGUCUACUUUGCUUUUGCCAAUUUGUAAGCAACGACGAACAUGUGGUCAGAGAUCCAUGGAAUUUUAGAUGUUUAGCAUUGUUCUUCCCUUAUUUGCCUCUUUAUUUUAUACUUUCUGUUAUAAAUUAUCGCUUCACUUUGCAGGAGAUCAUCUCAUAAUAAAAAUGAUAGUAAUUUUAUCAA